UCCCACUUAGCCCAGCGUUCGGCCUGAGGAGGCAGGCGCCAUCGGCCGGGGGAUCCUGCCUGGCAGAGAGAGCCGCGCCGAGAGAAAAAUACCACCCCACCUCCGUGAGGCUGGCUGGCAGGGACACCGCCCGUCCAUACCGCCCGUGCAAUCCGGAGCUCGGCCUCUCCCUCGCUCUCGGCUCUCGGCUCGCCUCCCUCCCUCCUAUAGAGAUGUAUACAUAUGCAUACCUGGUAGAGAGACUCCGAUGUGUCCUGUUGCCCAGAGAUCUUUGCCCCCGCUUCCUGCUGCUGGCCGAGUCAAACACAGUGAGGGGGAUAGAAACCUGCGGAAUUCUCUGUGGAAAGCUGACCCAUAAUGAGUUUGCCAUCACCCACGUUAUCGUGCCAAAGCAAUCGGCUGGCCCAGACUAUUGUGACGUAGCCAACGUGGAAGAGCUCUUCAGCGUCCAGGACCAGCACAGCCUUUUGACCCUGGGAUGGAUUCAUACACACCCAACCCAGACGGCGUUCCUGUCUAGCGUGGACCUUCACACGCACUGCUCCUACCAGCUCAUGUUGCCAGAGGCCAUCGCUAUAGUCUGCGCGCCCAAACAUAAGGACACCGGCGUCUUCAGACUCACCAAUGCGGGCAUGCUGGAGGUCUCUGCCUGUAAAAAGAAGGGCUUCCAUCCCCACACCAAGGAUCCCACGCUAUUCAGUACAUGCCAACACGUGGUGGACCAAGACCGCAGCAUCACAGUGCUAGACCUCAGGUGAUGAGGCCUGAAGACGGACGGACGGAUGGACGGCAUCCCAGACAGAUGCCCGGACCCUGUGGACACGUGACUGCCAGCUUUUCUUAAGAUGUUUUCAGAACUGACGUUUUAUAUUUGUAUGUUUUGGAUGUGAUGGUUUGAUAUUUAUUGCUCUCAGAUGUUUGACCGUUUUCUUUGGGGGAUGUUCCACCUUGGGAUGGAGCUGGCGGUGACGGUCAAUUGAAAUUUCCACAGUGUACCCAGAAUAAUAAAUUGAGUGGCAAACA